CGUCGCAGUUCGACGGCGCUGCUACGGGAGCCAGAUCUCAAUGGUCGGUUGGUCGUGGUCAUCAGCUGUGAAACGUAACAACAACGGAACGCGACGAGGAACGCACGAACGAACGGACGGACGGAGGUGCGUACAUACGUACGACGUUUUACGGUACGAUAGUGCGUUAGAUUGACGCGUAAAUGGCGGUGCUACCAGAAUGAGGUACGUCGUCCUCGUGUCGCGUAGUAAAGUUGUAAUGGGUCUCGUCGCCGAGGGAUCGUGCCCUUCGACCCGGUGUUACGGCAACAAAUGACACGAGUCAUAGUUCAGAGGUUACUAAAUCCUCGGUGUGAAACGACGACAACAACAGCGACACCAACAACAGUAACAACGAGAAGGAGGAAGGAACUCUGACUCUUACGCGCGUACAAGGUUGUGCAUAGAGAUACCGUUACAACUAAAACAUCAACAAACAACAGCUGAUCGUACGCGCAAGUGUGUGUUGCACGUGUCCGACGAUUUCCACCGUGUGGUAAAAACAUCACGCACCGUUUACAAAGUACACUCGCAGUUUAAACAAAGAACGAAACGAACCAACCAAAAACAAAAAAAAAAAACAAAAAAAAGAAAAGAAACAAGAAGAGGAAAAGUAAACUAUUAUACCUACCUACGUAAAAGAGAAAGGAACGGGAAAACAAUCUUAAUAUUAUUAUGCUAUGUUUUACGAAUAUAUAAUACAUGCAGUGUUUCCGAAACAAAGGCAGGCGAGAGGAAUACAAUUUGAAAUAAUUCUAUUUCUUACUCUUAUUUUAAUGUAAAUUGAGAGACUGAAAUCGAGGAAUGAGGAAAUAAACUUUCGCCGAGAUGCAAACCGAAAUUAUGUACCGGAAGGCGGCAACGGCGAUGGGAACGCCGUCAUCGUCCUCGGCGACGGUUGUGAAAAGAGAGCCGAAGGAUGCGAGAGAGACGAUUCACUCGGGUCACUUUAUGGUUUCGGACUUCGAGGCGGAGGCCCAGGAUGACGAGGACGAGCUUGCCGUCCCCGUGCCCGAGGAGGAGGCCGCUCGUCUCGCCAUAAUAGCGCCGCCAGGAUUUUCCUUGGAGAAAUUUGUCACCGGAUCGUCGACCAGCAGAAACUCCUCGCAGCAGCUGAGCAUCGAGACUUCCCUGAACAAACUCUUUCAAUGCAUGUCCCUCGCCUACAGACAGAAGUUGACAUCGCCAAAAUGGAACCGUUUCAAAGGUAUCAGACUCCGGUGGAAGGACAAAAUCCGUUUGAACAACGUGAUAUGGAGAUGCUGGCACAUGCAGUUUAUACUCAAGCAAAACACUCUGGUGUGCCAAUUUGCGUCGCCCUUGGAUGUCGAUACGCACAAUAAACCAGAGGCCGUAGUUUUGGAGGGAAAGUACUGGAAGAGAAAACUAGCUGCUGUUACGGCAGAGUACAAGAAAUGGCGCAUGUUUUAUCGCAACAAGGUACUCGGCUGGACAAACAAAGAUGGCAGCGAUAUGUUGGAAUCGAUGGAUAUGUUGGAUUGGGAUGGUGGAUUGGGAAAUGCGGGUGGCUUUGGCGGAGGAAUAGGAAGUUUGUACGGUGUAACAGGUGGGACGCUAGGAGGGGACACUUUGCACAGCAUGAUGGUCGAUGAGGAUUACAUGGAGCUGAUGACCGAUACCCUGUUCUCUACGAUUAGCUCUAAUCAACCAUUUCACUUUCCUGACCCAAGAGAAAUUGCUCGAGUUGCCAGUUUGGCCGAUUUUAUUCAACCAAGUCUUGGACCGUUGCAGCCCAAUCUUGACGAUUUUAUGGAUACUCUUGAGCCAUUACAAGAAUUCUUCAACUCAAAACUACCACCGGUGCCGGAAGAAGAAGACGUUUUUCGUAGCAGUUCAUUGAACAAUAAUUACUCCGAACUGGAUCUCAUGCCGCCCAUAAGCCAAGCCAAUCAAAUAAACCAAAUCCCAUCGAUGGAUAUACAGCCGCAGUUGAAUUCAACGACUACGACGAGUCAACAACAGACGGACACCAUGCAGAAUCUCCAGUUUACAGCCAAACUGUUCGGUCAGCAGCAGCAACAUCAACAACAACAACAACAACAGCAGCAGCAGCAGCAACAUCAACAACAACAACAACAGCAGCAGCAACAUCAACAACAACAACAACAGCAGCAGCAGCAGCAGCAACAGUCUACAGCUUACAAAAAUAACAUGAGUAGUAUAUCAGAAAGUUAUAACGCCGUUCAGCAGAGCUACGCAGAAGCAACACCGUCGAGACAACCUAGCAGAGGAAAAGGUAGACAAAGCAGAUCUACAACUAGGUCGAAUCAUUUGGCGCAGCAAAAUGCAUAUCAACAAACCAGCCAGCAGCAAAGCUUAACGUAUCAGCAACCUUCUCCUACGCAAGAACAACACCAGCAGCAGCAACGACGGCAGCAACAACAACAGCAGAAUUAUUCAAUGGAGAUGCAAACUGUUCAACUAAACUCGCCGUCUAAUCAACCCCAAAUAAAUUCGCUCAAUAACCAAACUGUGACCAGUAACCAUGUAGCUCCGGUGACAAGCCAUGUACAAAAUUAUUCUCAACCACCUUCUCCGCCGCAAACCCAACAAAGGACAAUAAGGCCAAUGCCAUUGGCAACCUCGACAUCGAAACCAUACAAAGCGGUCCAACCGGUGCAGGGCUACAAAUUCACUCUUCCGUCGCAAAAGUUUACCUCCCAACAAUGCAAGUUCACUGGCUCAAGCAGUUACAAGAAUUUACCUGCGCAGCAAGUCUCCCCGAUGUCCACCCCCCAGCAAAAUCAGUCACAAGUAUUGGGGACCUCUUUUCAAUACAGACCUGUCAGACUGGACCCCACCGCUCCAGCACAGCAUCCUGCCAAACUUUUGCCACGACCGGUUGUCCCUACUACCGAAAAAGAAGAAGUGUUUGCUGUACCGAAGUACCAAAUGAAGUCUAGAAAUCGAUCACGCAGCAGCUCGUCUUUAGUGCCUCCUAGAGUUAAUCCACCUCCCCUAGUCUCAGCAGUUAGCGAUCCUGCGCUCAAUCUGAACAACAACGUUCUACUUGCCCAGCUGCUUACCAACAACACGUCGAACCUUUACACAGUUAGUAGCGGACCUGAGAAAGUGACGCCCGUCAGUCAACCUAGUGGAGUAAAACACAUAUUACCUAUGCCAUCGUCGGCUCAGUCUCCUGCUCAAACCAGUGGCACAACUCUCCUUAUUACCACACCAGUAACUGUUCAAUCUAUUCAAGCGACUCCUGUACAGACGCAGCAGCAGUCGAGCGGGCAGCCAAUCUUGCUCGGUGCCAACAGUCAGCCACAGCAACCAAUCGGCAGCCCUGGUUCACCGAAAGAUAAUUCUAGCGCGCACAGUCCACAAGGCCUAAGUCUUAGCCCGCUUCAUAGUCCGAUGAGUAUAGGAAGCCCAUUGUCGCCGAGUCGGACUUACGUUAAGGGUGACCCGGAGCGAGGGCAGUAUAAGGAACAACGAAGAGUGGGGCACAUUCAUGCCGAGCAGAAACGGAGAUACAAUAUUAAGAAUGGAUUUGACAUGCUGCACAGUUUAAUACCUCAGUUGAAUCAAAAUCCUAAUAGCAAAUUGAGCAAGGCUGCUAUGCUGCAAAAGGGGGCUGACUAUGUCAGGCAACUUAGGGCGGAGAGGAAUCAGCUUAAAGACGAAAUGGACAGUUUGAGACAGCAGAUAGAAUGCCUCAAUUCUUCUAUAAGCAAUUGUCAAUUGAUGCUUCCUGCAACCGGAGCCCCGGUUUCCAGGCACAGGACAAGUAAAAUGAAGGAGAUGUUUGAUGACUACGUGCGAACACGGACGCGUGAAAAUUGGAAGUUCUGGAUUUUCAGCAUUUUACUUGAGCCAUUGAUGGUUUCCUUCAAUACUUCGGUGUCUACCGCGAGCCUAGAGGACUUGUACAGAAGUACAAUGCUUUGGGUAGAGCAGCACUGUUCCCUUGUAGAUCUCAGGCCAGCUGUUCUAAACUCUCUGAGGUGCCUUUGUACAGCAACUGAUAUUUUAUCAGACCCUAGUCGUCUUCCCGAGGAGGCGUUGGCAGCUGUUAAUCGAACGGAUCAGCGUCGGCCUGCUCAGUGACGAUUUGCCCUUAAAAAUCAUAGACUUUAUGAGGUGUUGAAAAAAAAUACUGUACCUACAGAACUUUCAAUGCGUACGUAACGGGCAUAAACGAAGCAGGACAGUUACCAUGAAAUUUAUAGUCGAAAACCUUUGGUCUGUAUCGGGCAUGUUGUGAAAAAUCACGAUACGAUUGAAAUUCUACAAGCGGCAAAAACCUCCGGCGUGAGAUAGUACGAGCAUACGUACAUGGAUAUUUCAGUACGGAGAAGAUAUUAAACCGACCAAUUGAAGUUUCAUUGCAGAAUUUUUAUAGAAUUAAUUUGUCAUCACUGGCGGAUUAAUACAUUAUGUUAUGUCUACAUCGAUCUUAUCAAUUGGCGACAUUACCUCUUCUCUUUACUCUGUCUUAAUCUAUCGCCUAUCGUAUGGUGGCUAAAGGACCAUGUCUCAUGAACUUUGUCAGUUACUUGCUAUCGUUAACGUGGUAAUUUAGACAUAGUUUCGUAAGUGCCGCUGGAACUCAGCUGAGGACAUUGCUAGAUUCCAAUGAAAAAUCCCAUGGAAGUAAUUAGAGGGAAAAAAAGAACAGUUUAAACCGAACAAUCACAGAGUACAUAAUUGUAUAACGAUUACGAUUAUAUAUUUUUUAAACAAUGAGUAUAAAGAUACGUUAGGGUAUGUAUACUUAGAUGUGUUAAGAAAGCUGACGGGGUAAAAGCAAAAAAUAUGUAUAUGUAGAUAAUAAGUGUUAAAAAUGUUAAGAAUUUUUUAUAUUAUCGGUUGAUUGAAACCACACAUAUUAACAAUCUUUUUUGUAUCAGGUUUAUUUAACAGGAAAUAUGUAUAGGUACUACUAUGUCGCGUCCGUGUGUAUGUGUGCGUUUGAAUUCAAUUUGUAUACCAUAUAUUAUAGUGCUUACAUCGUGAAAUCGUCACAAGGGAAUAAAAGUUUGGUACAUUAACGGGGUACAAAAAUUCGAACAUUUUUUUAAUUCUGGAGACGACGCGAAUUACAUUUGUGCAAUGUAAACGAAGAGAGUAAAAAAGGAAACAAUUUUCGAUGACACGUGCCAUUAUCUUUUUAUAUACUUUUUUUUCUUAAUUCUACCACACGUUCAAAAAUUAUAAGUAUAGGAACAUACAUACUUAUAUACAGGUAUGCUCUGAUGAUAUUGCUCGUUAUACGUGUGAUGUAAUUUUGUAAUAUUCAAUGAAUAUUAUCAAUUUACCAGAUGGUACGGGGUUGAACGUUUUUCGUUUGUCACUAUGGUUUUCUAGUAAUGCUAAAAUUACUACCCAUAUUCUCAGAAAUUUGAAUGGUUGAUCAAUUUUAGACAUUAUGUUCUGUAAUAUAAUAUAAUAUAUUAUAAACGAAUAUGUUCACGACGUUUGCCCUGGUCUUUAGUGCACGACUAACACAGACUUCAUAACGUACCCUUAAAAAUGUCUUCUUCAAUAUGUGCCUGCGAAGCAAUUUUGAGAGAAAAAAAAAACUUGAAAUGUAAAUGUAAAAUACCUCUAAUCUGCGGAAAAAUGUGUUAGUAGAAUAAUGAGAUUGCUGACAAAUGCAUGUAACAAAGGUUUGCUCAUGGAUACAAAAUCUUGCGUAUCCAAAACCGCUAAUCUUACGGGAUAUGAGAUUUUUUUGUCCAAUUUUCAUUAUUAUUACCGUUGUUAAAUUUCAUGUUAUAAUGUACAAAUCCGUUAUUAUGAUUCAGUUGUGUCUGAUGAAACUGAUGUAGUUGCGAAGGACCUCUGCAUAUCGUUGAGUUGUUUAAAGUUAGUAAGGAAACAAGAAGAAUAAAUAUUCAUUUCAUUCGUUAA